CCCAUCUAAUAUAUAUAUUUUUUCCUUCACAUUUCUGUCUUUCUUCAGAAGCAAUAAUAAAAUAAAAUAAUUUCUUUGCAAAUUAUUUAACAUGGUCGUGACGUAGCAAAUGAUGUUGUAGUGUCAUAUAAUACAUAAUAAAACAAAAAAGACAAAAACUUCAUACAUAACCAACCAUACACAUCGAUUCUAAAUUCUCAUGUCCAUGUAUAUAUCAUCAAUGUCUUCUUCCUUAUGCAUGAAACAUCAAAAGUUCACAGCAACACACGAAAAAAACAUCAUAUGGCUUCAACCCAGCACCAUGUCCAAGGCCUAACAGCUGAGGAAGAAACGGAACUAGAACCUGUGAUAAAAAAAUACCAUCUUUUCGAACACUGUCCCAACAAAUGUUCUUCCAUAAUAUCCUACCGCAUCGAUGCUCCGGCGAGCACGGUUUGGCCGUUCGUGCGAAGCUUCGAGAACCCUCAGAAGUACAAGCACUUCAUCAAAGGGUGCAACAUGAGAGGUGACGGUGGCGUCGGAAGCAUAAGAGAAGUAACCGUUGUUUCUGGUCUUCCGGCGUCGACGAGCACCGAGAGACUCGAGAUUUUGGACGAUGAAAAACACGUGCUGAGCUUUAGGGUGGUUGGUGGCGAGCACCGACUCAAGAACUACCGUUCCGUUACGUCGGUCAACGAGUUCAGGAAAGAGGGUAGGGUUUACACCAUCGUAUUGGAAUCGUAUAUCGUAGACAUACCCGAAGGGAAUACGGAGGAAGAUACGAAGAUGUUUGUGGACACUGUGGUCAAACUCAACCUUCAGAAACUUGGGGUGGUGGCCAUGGCUUCUUCUUCAUCCAUGCAUGAACAAUAACAAGAAACGGUUAACAUGUAUGGUAUGUUUGCAAAUUUAAGGAUUUUGGUAUUGUUGUGUUAAAAAUCAUUCAACGGUAUCAACAACAUUCUUAGAUUUGCUUAGGAAAAUGGGGUAGGUAGGUUAAUUAAUUAGUGUUCUUCUUUUCAAUUUUGUACCAAAAUGGAGAAACAAACACGCAUUUGGACUCUAUUUGUCCUUCCAUGAUCAUUAGAGUAUUAUUGCAUGCUAAUUUGGAAUAUGAUUACUUUCAUUUCAUCUCUCUUAUUUUCAUUUUUUGGGUUAAUGAUGAAGAGGAAGAUAAGUUUGUGGGGUUAAUUGGGUUUUAUAUAUGUUGCAAUUUUAAAUUCAAUUGAUUAGAUGGAAUAGAAAAAUGGUUGGAAUCUAAUGAAUAUUUGAAGCUACUUCUUUCUGCAUUCCCACAAUUAUUAACUACACCUCACAAUAAGACAAAAAGACUCAAACACCCUUUACAAUUACCAUCAUUGUCAUUUCAAUGUCAUGCCGCUAUAGAGGAAGAAGAGAGGAGGAACAUUGCAGCGGAGGAAGAAGAGAGAAAAUGAUAAAAAAAAAUAUUCUAAAAUGUAUUUCAUGUGUUCACCUAGUGUUUUGGAAAAUUUGAGGGGUGCAGAAAGUAAAACCCGCCAUGGGGUUCUACGUGGUAUUUCUUAGUGGGUUGGACUGGGCCUAUGAACACUAACUGGUUAUUGGAAGUAUUUCUUAGGCGAAAAAUGAAAAUAAUUAUUUGUUGUAAAGCUUAUAGUGAAAAUGGCAUUAGAUAGUAAAGUU